UCUUUGAUCACCAGACCUCAGAUUUCCAGUCGGAUUGUAUGGAUGAAGUUGAUCGGAUAGGUAGCUCGGUGCCAGAUUAUUUAUAGAUUUAUAAACACAGAGAAGAAUUUUGAACUCAAUUCUGAGAUGCACAGGUAACCAGCUUUAACAAGGAUUAAUCUUUAAUGAACUCAAUCAAGGCUGGCAUUUUACAUUUGAUUAUUCAGUGUGCCAGAAUAUUGUUAGACAUAUCUGAAAAACAUUUGUUAUUGCUUGUAAUUGCUUGUAAAAUUGUUAUUACUGACAGCUGACAAUGUUUGAUGUAUAUGUAUAAUAGCUUUAUUAGAGCUUUGCGAAAUUAUACAAUGAAAAUAAUUUGUUUUUCUUUUUUUUCUAGUUUUGAUUACCAUCUGAUUGUUGUAAGUGAUUAAUCCAGCAGUCAUUCUCUACAUCUGUGAUUUGCCAUGUUCAUAACACUGAGUAAUCAAUAAUGAUUGAUGGAAACUGAAUCCAUUUUAAUUCUUCAGACAUUUGCAAUAUCUCACAUAUUCAGUGAUGUUUCUUUCUUUCUCUUUUGCUUGUGUCAGCAGCACCUAUACACCCCAACGGCUCUUUUAAGAGCCACAUCUUCUUUGUCUUUGGCUUUGUAAGUAUAUGGUUUGACUGCCUUUCAGACACCUUCUCAUUAUUUGGGUUUAGGUCAAUUUAUGUUACAUCAUGCAGCAAGUUAAAGUAAUCAGUAAUGGCUUAAUAAAGACAUUAAUGGGAUAGUUUUGUAAUAAACAAUCAAGCAUACUGCAUGUGUUUUGCCAUGUUUAUAACAUACUGAUUAAUCAAUGAUCAUGGAUGGACAAUGGGCACAUUUUAAUUUGAACAGACACAACUCGGCCAUAUUCAGUGAUGUUUUUUCUUUGGAUAUAUUUUGCUUGUGUGUCAGCAGCAGCUACAUACACCCCAAAGGCUCUUUUAAGAGCCACAGCACAGAGCGUCUUUGGCUUUGUAAGUAUGCUUUGACUGACUGUCAGACAUCUUCUUAACAUUUGUGUUUAUAUCAACAUCAUGCAGCAAGUUAGUCAUCCGUAAUGUCUUAAGACAUUAAUUGGAUAAUUGUCGUAAUAACCAAUCAAGCAUCCUGCAUCUGUGAUUUGCCAUGCUCAUAACACACUGAUUAUAGUUAAUAAUCAUUGAUGAACAAUGGGCACAUUUUAAUUUACAGACACACAACAUAUUCAGUGAUGUUUCUUCUUCUGAUUUCUUUUGCUUGUGUCAACAGCAGCUACAUACACCCCAACACAGAGCGUCUUUGGCUUUACCAUCUAGCAGUUAUGUCCUCCAAAAAGGAUUAUCUGUGUUAUGUUGUGAUCCAUUUUAUUGAGCACAAUGAAGUUGAGGUGGCACCAUCUAGAUGGUUGGAGUGGAAUGAAGAGGUGUUGUAUUGCUAUUGGCCUCACUCAAAUGCUGGUUUCUUGGCCAAAAAAUGUGCCAUGCCAGACAAGCAGCUGUGGACUAAAUAUGCCGUCCGAAUAUUUUCUGACACAGAUAGUUAUGAUAUGGCAAGAUUCCGGGCAAGAAAAGCCCAGGAAACGUCACAUGUUGAGGACUCUGAUGGAAAUGGGGGGAGAAAAGUCAUUCCUCCAAGACGAUUUAGAGAAGAAGAGGUUUGGCUCAGCCAACAAAGAUGUGCAAAACAGGCUGGAAGGUUUCAUGAGAACAGUGAAUCAUCUCAAGAAAAUGAAAUUACCAGCUUACAUGCAAAGAGAACUAAACAAAAGAAAAGGUCAAGAAUAACAGCAACUGCACCUGCACCUGCGACUGAGGACGAUGAUGAAGAUGAGGAGCUGCAGCCAAAGAGAAAAAAAUCAAAAGGAUCUAGUUUGAUGUUGCCCAGUGCUCCUUCUUUUCCUUCUGUUUCAACAUUCCAGUCGGAGACACAUCAUUCCAGUUCCACAAAUCAGCAGUUUCAAGAAAUCUAUAAGUUAUUUGAGGGUUUGGAGAGGAGACUACACUUAAAACUUGAUCAAAUGCAUGCUGAUAUAAAGACAGCACUUGAAGCAAUCCAGCAAUCAGCAAGCCAGCCAAGCACCUCUGCCACUGCCUCUGCCUCUGACCUAACUGAGGUGCUAGAGGAGCCUUGCAAGACAGUGAACGAAUUGAAGACCUGUUUCCUGAGAGUAAAGUGCAUCUGUUCAGCUGGGAAUGCUACACCCAAUUUUCCCCAUCCAAACAACGUGACCUAUACUAGAGAUUUUCGGAUCCUCUGCAGCAAAUCUUCCGGCCCCAGGAUGCCUCCUCCUCCACCAGUCAUCGCUGCCGAGCCCCAGGCUCCAUCGCGGCCGCCGCUCUGCUCGACCAGCCACAAGAUUUCCCCGACACCGAGGCUUAACCUCGCCUCCACUGCCGAAACUUUCAACUUCCCCAGCAUCCUCAUAUCAUUCGGCUGCGCCAACAAAUUCCUCCGAUCGGAAAGUGUUCCACCUGUACCUAAAGCUAGAGAAAUGCAGAGGUUCCUUGGAUUCGCCAAUUUCUAUCACUGUUUCAUCAAGGGUUUCAGUCUGCUCACAGCCCCGCUUACCACCCUGCUCCGCAGAAAGCCCAAGUCCCUGUCCAGCGCCCACGAAGCCUUCGAAAGCCUUAGGACCGCAUUCAGCAUUGCCCCCAUCCUUUGCCAUCCAGAUCCCCAUGUGCCAUUCGUGGUGGAAGUGGACGCCUCCACCACGGGAGUCGGGGCCGUGCUGUCCCAGCAGUAUGAUGAGCCUCCACACCUCCAGCCUUACGCUUAUUAUUCUAAGAAACUGACCCCACUUAUUCCAUCAUAUCUUUAG